CGGAUUCCAUCGGAUCCGGCAGCCCCGCUCGCCCCCAUCGGAGUAGUCUCGAAGCGUCCGGAAGUCUCCGUCUCCGCCUCCUCUCACCCUCUGCGUGGCCUUCUCCUCUAACCGUCCUCCACAGAGUUCGCGGGCGUCCCGAUUGGCAGCUACGGGCAUCCGCCGGCGAUCAGAAGGGUUGACAGACGAAUCAUUCCUUGCAUCGAGAAGAGGAGAUGGUGGUGAUCGAGCCGGAGCCCGAGGCCGAGGAGACGCCGCGCCCCUCGUCCCCGCCGGCGCCGGCGCCGGCGCCGGCGUCGGAGUUCCCAGUCGGCGUCGAGGCGGCAAGGGCGGAGGGGCCAGAGGAUUCCUUCGAGGACGCGCUCACUGACGAGCAGAUGCGGGAGAAAACUAGAAUCCAAGCAAAUGAUGCAAAAACAGAAGGAAACAAGCUUUUUGCUGCUGGACAAUUUGGGGAUGCAUUAUCACAAUAUGAGAUUGCGUUGCAAAUUGCUGCUGAGAUGGAAUCUGCUGAAGAUAUAUGCUCUGCAUGCUAUUCGAAUCGUGCUGUAUGCUUCUUGAAGUUGGGCAAGUAUGAAGAAACAAUCAAAGAAUGCACAAAAGCACUUGAUCUGAAUCCUUCAUACUUGAAAGCCUUGCUCCGGAGGGGAGAAGCACAUGAAAAGCUUGAACACUAUGAUGAAGCUAUUGCUGAUAUGAGAAAAGUCAUUGAACUAGAUCCUUCAAAUGAACAAGCUAAGAGAUCGCUGUUCCGACUUGAGCCACUUGCUGCUGAGAAAAGGGAAAAGAUGAAGGAAGAGAUGAUAGCAAAGCUGAAGGACUUGGGGAACUCUGUGCUUGGGCGCUUUGGGAUGAGCGUCGAUAAUUUCAAAGCUGUUAAAGAUCCAAACACAGGCUCAUACUCCAUGUCUUUCCAGAAUAACACGGGGUGAUGAUUUUAUACUGAAUACUAAUGAAUAUUGGUGUGCUGUGCAUACUGAGUGUCUCUGGGCUCCCUUGAAUCUUCAUGGCAAUUCCUCAAGUUACUUCAAAUUGGUGGUUUACAGGUGGAGCAUGUUUUAUCCUUUGGCGCGUAGCGUACCUGUUACAAAAUUAUUAGAGAUGGUUUUCCGACUUCCCAAGUGCGACCUUUGGUCACACGCAUUUGCUAAGCUGGAUUUUCUAUUGCACGAAGUUGUUACGGAACUGUUUGCCAUGGAACUGUUUCAUUAUAUUUGACCAAAUUUUGUAUGUAUGUGUGCAUCACCUCUGAAAUUGUUUGGAAAUAUGCCAAGCUUGUAGA